AUGUCUUCUGCACAGAACUCCUGGGGUACGCUGAUCAAUUCCGACAAGAGCCCUGCUCCGCUGCUCGAACAGCUAUGUCUGAGCAUCGCGCAAGUGAUGCCCACGUUUGACACAAAUGGCACCGGCGAUAUCACCCCAGAGCGAAUGGCGGCCUUCUAUCGCAAAGUCGGCGGAAAUUACGACCCUUUGUUUCUCGAAACCAAAACACAAGCCUUGUCGUUCAUAUACCAGUCGCUAGGAUGCUUCCACAGCUUACAGCCCUCGGCCAAUCCGUAUGAGCCCCCCACAAUUCCAUCACUACUUCCUACUGGCUUCGUGCGCUGGCAGACAAUACAGUUGUUGAUGGACCCGGAUGAGCACUCGGUUUAUCUUCAAAACGCAGUCAGUCAGUGGGACCUAGUAGGCGCAAACGGUGAUCCACUACCGAAAGAAAUCCCCCGGGAUGCGUUUCCGUCGGAGCCUGACCCGGAGAUGCUGGAAUGGCAUGAAGGGGUAAGCCGGCGACUGGAGCACGAUUAUUUGAAAAGGCACACCAAACGCGCUUCACCGCCAGAUUUCGGGACCUACCAUUAUCAUUUCAGCGGAAAAGAUCCUCUACCCGACGAGGAUGACUAUUUUUCCAAGGCAUCGCGUCGCACUUCGUCAAAGCAGCACAGUCAUGCAGAACCUGAUCGGUCCAGUGGGCAUCGCCAUCACCGCCGACAUCAUAGUGGACAAUACCCUCCCGUGUCAGGGCACCGAAAAUCCAAAGCUCGGACCGGGUUCUCAACGCCACGCGUUUCAUCGCCGCCUCCGUGGGGCGACCGUCCGCAUCGCCCCAGAGGCCGAGACCAAGCGCCCGGCUACGGCCAUCCACUAAGCCCCGGAACUGCCGAUGAGCCGGAAGUCUUUGAGGCAUCAUCAGAUGAGUUCCCGAAAUCUGAUGAGAGACCAAAACAUCAUCGACACCGGGAAAAACGUCAUCUCUCACCCCCUUCGAAUGGGCACGCGAGGCGUCACUCUCAUGAUGCAUACACCCGGAGACCCUUCCGAGAUCUUUCGCCGGGUCCUCAGCGUCAACGCCGUAGCCAUGAAAGCCACUCAUCACGUUCCAGCAAGUCUCACCCUGAGACGUCCCCCAGACAUAAAGAUCGGUCCCGCUCAAGAACAGCGGGUGUCAAGUUCCGUGACUUCAUUUUCGGUGAUUCGGCUGCAGCGCCAGCCGCACCAAGCCCUCCCCUCUACAGGUUCCACUCUCCACCUCCGCGAGCUGUUCCAAGACACCUCGACCCAUAUGCUGCAGACGACACUAGGCGAGGGAGCUACAGCGGAGGCAGUUCAGGAAGCCGACCAAGCAGUGGAGGGAGUGGUUCCGAGCGACCAAGAUCGUACAGUAGCGCAGGCAUGCAUCGACCCAACAACGGCUGGUCAAGCCCAAGAACGUCGGCUGCUAAGCGAUACACACCGGUGCCAGAGGAAUACGUUCCGUCUAGGCGGGUGCCAAUUUAUGAGCGAUGA